AUGACCUCCACACGCCGAGAAACUAGUACGAAAGCGUUGUAUACAGAUACUUUACAAAGGUGAAGCGAUCCUCUCCAUUGCUUAAAUACUUCAACUGACAUACUAAGCAGUACUCUAGGAAACGAUGUCGUUAGUCUGUACGUUGGCGAAACUCGUACACAGUUCACAGUCCACAAAGACCUCAUAGGCAAUGUUCCGUGGUUCAAGAAAGCCUUCCUUGGAGGAUUUAAAGAGCAGAAUAGGACCAUGGAUAUGCCUGAGGACUCUCCCGAGGUGGUUGCCUUAUUUGUGGAUUGGUUGUAUCGAGGGAUGAUCAUGAGGCUAAAUACACUGCCCAAUAUCAAAAGUCUUUAUGCUUUCUACAUAUUUGCAGACAAAAUUCGCGAGGGGGGUUUGAUGGACCAGAUAAUUGAUGCCAUUUAA